GCCAGGGGAAGGCGCAGGAGGAGGGAGAUCAGCAUCAACCUGCCCCGCCCCCUCCCCAGCCUGAUAAAGGUCCUGCGGGCGCCGGGACCUCCCACCCGAGCCCUCCAGCAAGGAUUCAGAGCGCCCCUCCGGCCCCGCCAUGAGGCUCUUCCUGUCGCUCCCGGUCCUGGUGGUGGUUCUGCUGAUGAUCUUGGAAGGCCCAGGCCCAGCCCAGGGGGCCCCGGAGAGCGUGGAGGCCUCCAGCGGCUUGGAUAAGCUGAAGGAGUUUGGAAAUAACCUGGAGGACAAGGUUCGGGAAUUCUUCAAACGCAUCAAAGAGAGUGACAUUCCUGCUAAGACUCGGAACUGGUUUUCAGAGACACUGCAGAAAGUGAAGGAGAAACUCAGGAUUGAAUCAUGAGCACCUGAAGGAUGAUACCCCAGGAAGGGCUCUGAAAUUUCCCACACCCCAGUGCCUGUGCUGAGGACUCCCUCCAUGUGACUCCAGGUGCCCUCAAUAAAAAUCCUACAGAAAA